CUUUGGAUCCUAUUCCCUGAGGGAGCGCGGGCGGAGGACAGAGGACGUCGGGCCAUGCCUAGAAGAGAGAAACCAAGAAAUUGAGCAUGGAGGCCUGUUAAGAGCCACCCAGUUCUUCUAAGAGGAUUGCUAAUUUAUGCUCACAGUAACGAGUGUGCAAGUACAUGAUUGAGGUUAUGCUUAUACUUAAUUCUCAGAGUUUGGAGAAAAAGCUAGCUAUAGAUUAUGUGGAUUUAUUGAUGUGAGGAAUAAAAGUAAGAGAGAUGGAGAACAGAUGGGGGUACAGAGAUGAGUAUAAAAGACGUCUCAGAAAAGAACAUUUAAGAGGGAAAUGGAGGGCAUGCCUAUGGUGUGAGGCCCACAGGUGAUGACUGAAUUUACAGCAGCCCCAUUUCCCAUGGUUUUGUGACCUUUCCAGGAGAACUUAUCUACUUCUUUAUAUUUAAAAAUGCGUGUCAGCUUAGAAAAUGAACUUCUCAAAAAUUCAUCACUUAAGUAAACACAUGUUAGGGGUCCAAGUGCCAAAGCUCUGCUUCUAUUCUUACUGCUUUGAGUCAUAGGCAUGUUGUGUGUGGUACUUUGAGGUUAUUCAGGCCAGUGGUAUAAAUCAAAACAAAAGGAAACUUGUUGGUUAAGAAAGAGCAUUCUCGGCAGAGGUUUCUGGGAACAUAAAAGAUGACAACAGCAGCUAGGCCAACUUUUGAACCUGCGAGAGGUGGGAGAGGAAAAGGAGAAGGUGAUUUGAGCCAACUCUCAAAGCAGUAUUCAAGUAGAGACCUACCUUCUCAUACAAAGAUAAAAUAUAGACAAACUACUCAGGGUGCCCCUGAAGAGGUUCGCAACCGUGACUUCAGGAGAGAGCUGGAAGAGAGAGAGCGAGCUGCUGCAAGAGAAAAAAAUAGAGAUCAUCCAACACAAGAACAUACAACCUCCUCGUCAGUGUCAAAGAAGCCUCGGUUAGACCAGAUUCCUGCUGCCAACCUUGAUGCAGAUGAUCCUCUAACAGAUGAAGAAGAUGAAGAUGAAGAUUUUGAAGAGGAGAGUGAUGAUGAUGAUACUGCAGCUCUUCUUGCAGAACUAGAAAAAAUUAAAAAAGAAAGAGCUGAAGAGCAGGCCAGGAAGGAACAAGAACAGAAAGCUGAAGAAGAAAGAAUACGUAUGGAAAACAUUUUGAGUGGAAACCCUCUCCUUAAUCUCACUGGCCCAUCCCAGCCUCAGGCCAACUUCAAAGUUAAAAGAAGGUGGGAUGAUGAUGUUGUUUUCAAGAACUGUGCAAAAGGUGUAGAUGAUCAGAAGAAAGACAAAAGAUUUGUAAAUGAUAUGCUGCGAUCUGAAUUUCACAAAAAGUUCAUGGAGAAAUAUAUUAAAUAGUACAGUUUUAUGUGCUUAAUUAAAGACUGUAAAAUGUAAAAAAAAAAAAAGAGUAUUCUCUGUCUGAAGGAAGAAAGGAAGCAGAGGAGACUAGAAACCAACUAAAAUGUCUCUGAGAUGGUACUACUGUUUCUAAAGCACAUAAUUUAACAAUUUAAAAAUUUUUUUUCAAAUAUUUUUAUUUCUUUAGCUAGUACUAAGCUAAAUCACUGUCUUUUCUUUGUUUUAUUUUUAGUCACAAAUUAAGAAGACUACAGAGGAGACUUAGCAGUUGUGAGGUUUUUAAGAAGAUAUUUGAUCAUUUUCAUUUGAUGCGGGUCUAUUUUUUAUUAGUUUAUUUUGUCACUUAAUUUUUUUUCCAAGUU